GAUAUUAUAGAAGAUUAUGCCACCAAAACGAAAGAAAAAUGGCAAAAAAAUACCCAUCGAGCCACCACCAGCACUCGAGCCGGAUAUUCUGGAAGUGCUCGAACCGGAAGAAUCGCCGAAGCCACUGAUAUCAGCUGUUACUGGACAACCAUUCGGUCCUCGAGUUCGUUACAUCAGUGAAAAACAGGAGGAAGAUAGUUCGGAUGACGAACCUGAGUCAGAAAGCGACGAUGAAGAAAGAUACAUGCAGGAUGAAUCUCCGGAGGUGCCAUCAGAAUUUUGGCACAUACAGAAACUUAUCAGAUUCAUGAAAGCGGGCAAUGAAACCGCAACUAUGGUGGCUGUCUGUCUUUUAAAAGACUACGACCUGACCAAUAGGAUUAUACAAAAGGCGAUUCGAGAAAUGGGGGGUCUGGAGAUUCUGGUGAACCUAUUGGAAACGAAAGAUUUAAAAUGUCAGAGUGGCUCGUUGUCGGUUUUACUUCCGAUCGUGACAUCCACAGAAAUGAGACGGUACCUAAUCGAUCUUGGUAUUGUAACACCGUUGAUUGAAAUGUUAAAGUAUCCAGCCAGAGAUAUUCAAGUUUUAGCUGCAGAAACUAUGGCUGUUAUAGCACGAAUUAGAAAAGCGAGAAAACAAAUACGAGUUCGAGGCGGUAUACCUCUCAUUUUAGAUAUAAUGGACGUACCAGAUUCUAUUCUUCGAACAAUGUACAACGAGCUGAACGAAACUAACAAGGAAUUGGUGGCAGUUGCAAUAGGCUGUGCCAAAGUUUUAGAUUCUCUGAGCAGUAGCCCGAAGGUCAGAGUCACGCUUCACAAGUUUGGUGUGGUAAAACAUAUGGAACGUUUUCUGAAAUCACAUCACACUUCUCUUGUAAUACCGAUGGUGGGAACUGUACAGCAAUGUGCAAGUGAGGACAGAUUUCGUAAAGCGUUCGAGACUACGAAUAUCAUUUCUGACGUAGUACGACACUUGCAAAGCGAUAAUGUCAAGUUGAAAGAAAACUGCGCCUUGGCGAUAUUCAAAUGUGGACCGAACAAAGUUGCUAGAGACAUGGUUCGGCAGACACAUGGUCUAGAUAUAUUAUGCAACCUUUUACAAUGCAAAGAAGUCCGUGCUAAUAAGAAAUUAUUAGCCGCCGUUACAGGCGGAAUAUGGAAAUGUGCCAUAAGCCCAGAGAACGUGGUAAGAUUCAAUCAAAAUAGCCUGGUGGCUUCCUUAGUGCCAUUUUUAGAGGAACACGAGGAUGACGAGGUGCAGGCGAAUGUUGUUGGAGCACUGGCGGAAUGUUGCAAAGAUUCUGCUAACAGAGAAGUCCUUAGAGUCAACGAUGGUCUACCAAAUCUGAUUAAAUUAUUGAGUUCCACGUACGAGCCCUUAUUGGAGAACAUACCACUGGUGAUAAAGGAAUGCGCGAAGAAUGAACAAUGCAUGGACAUCAUUAACGACCCAGAGCACACUAACGAUGGUGUUCGAUUAGUCUGGUCGUUGCUGAAACAUCCCAGCGACGUGAUCAAAAGAAACUCGUGCCUCGCGUUGGUGCCUUGUAUCAAACACGCCAAAGAUUCCCCGGAAAUGGUACGAUCGUUCGUAGGUGGAUUGGAGCUCACAGUUAGUCUUCUUGAAAAUACCAACACCGAAGUACUGAGCGCAGUAUGCGCUACUAUUGCUGAAAUCGCCACGGAUCCAGAAAACUUGGGUAUUCUCAGCGAUCUUGGUGUGGUGGAGAAACUGGCGAAUCUUGUGAACACGGAAGAUGAAGGUUUGCGUGCAAAUUUGACAUUAGCGAUAGCUCACUGCUGCGAAUGGGGAGAGAAUAGCAAUAAAUUUGGUCAAUUGAACGCGGUGGCACCAUUAAUUAAUUACAUGACUAGUGAAAACAAAGCUGUUCUUAGAGGAGUUUGCAUAGCUGCGUAUCACUUAAGUAAAGAACCUAUGAACUGCAUUACAAUGCAUACUGCCGGUGUUAUAAAGCAUGCACUACGUUUGGUGGGAUCAGAUGACCCCGAGGUGCAAAUUGCAGCAGCAUGCACUAUUAGAAAUAUUAGAAAGCUUGCGCUCACAGCAGAAAAAUUACACUUUAAAGAAAUAAGUACGUUGGAAGAAACAGAUUAUCGUUUGUAACAUAUCGACGUUCCGAAUACUGUACGAAAACCAAAUGCUUAUUAGAAGAAUAUGAAAUAAAACACAAUAUCUUUAUUGAAAUCAACUGAAACAUACAUAUCUAAGAUUUC